AAAAAAUUUUUACAGAUUGAAGAUCCAGGAUGCUUCUGGGUUAUUAUAAAAGGAUGUAGUCCGUUUUUAGAUCAUGAAGUUGAUUACCAAAAACUAAAUAGUGCCAUGAAUGACUUCUAUAAUAGCAUGCGUCAAGAUAUAGAAAUAAAACCGUUAAUGUUGGAAGAAGGGCAGGUCUGUGUGGUGUAUUGUCAGGAACUGAAGUGCUGGUGCAGGGCUGUUAUUAAGUCCAUUGUGUCUUCGGCAGACCACUACCUGGCAGAAUGUUUCCUUGUGGAUUUUGCCAAGUACAUCCCAGUGAAAUCUAAAAACAUCCGAGUUGCAGUAGAAACUUUUAUGCAGCUUCCCUACCGAGCAAAAAAAUUCAGGCUGUACUGCACGAAGCCUGUUACGUUACAUAUUGACUUCUGUGAAGACAGCGCUGAGAUUGUACCUGCCAAGAAGUGGGACAGUGCAGCUAUUCAGUACUUCCAGAACAUCCUAAAAGCAACCACCCAGGUGGAAGCCAAGUUGUGUGCCGUGGAAGAAGAUACUUUUGAGGUCUACCUUUAUGCAACUAUAAGAAAUGAAAAAGUCUGUGUUAAUGAUGAUCUGGUUGCGAAGAACUUCGCUUGUUACAUAUCACCCAAGAAGAAUAAAAACAUUGGUUCUGUAGAGAAAUCAAGAUUGAGUAUAAAGUCAGCAUCCUUUUCCAGUAAACUCAAUCCAGCGCUUACUCUUUGGCCAAUGUUUUUGCAAGGAAAAGACCCACAAGGAAUGGAAAAUUCACAUGGUUUAACUUUUCUGGCUCAGUCCCUCCAGCAUCCGGGGCCCAAGGGUGUUGUUGGUGACCUUGGGCCAACUGCUAUAUAUCUGGAUAAAACUAUAAAAUGUAAUCUGGAUUCAUUGAGAGGUUCACCUAAAAAAAAGUCUGAAAAGAAACAACAGUGCAUCUCUUUGAAAGAUGUAAAUAAGUGUGUUGAAUCCUCCAUGUACUGGCCAACAAAGAGGGGGAUAACCAUAUAUGCUGAGCCAGAUACACCAGCAGCAAGUGCUUUAUGUCAGAAGCCAACUGAGAAACCACUUAGGUUGGCUGAGAAGAAAGAACACAAUGAGAAGAAUGGCUGUGUGAAAUUGUUGCAGUUUUUAAAUCCUGAUCCUUUGAGAACUGAUGGGAUCUCUGAUCUACAGCAGUUGCAGAGGCUGCGGACCGGCUCCCAGCAGCCCUUGGCCGUGCUCAGGCACAAGAUCGAGCCUUGCUUGUCCAUUGACACGUCGCCGCUUUCGGCAGACCUGAGAAAGGCUCUUCGAAGAAACAAGUUCCCAGGACCUAGGCUCGCGGAAUCCCACGCUUGGCCUCCCAUAGCCCGGGGCUGUGACGUGGUGGUCAUCUCUCACCGCGGAAACGAUCCUCUGCUGUACCUCCCGCCGGUCCUUACAAUUCUGCAAACGGGGGGCUGCUACAAGUCUUUACCACGUAGAAAUGGACCUCUGGCAGUCAUCGUGUGCCCUGGGUGGAAAAAGGCCCAAUUUACUUUUGAAUUACUGGAAGAUUAUAGCACAUCCUCCAGGCCUCUUCAUCCCAUGUUGUUAAUAAUCGGACUCCACAAAGAUGAAGCCAAAAACAUGAAGCUUCCAAGGGGGUGUGACAUCAUUGUUACAACACCCCACAGCCUCCUGAGACUUCUCAAAUACCAAAGCUUGUUAUUUCUUAGACUCUGUCACCUCAUCUUGGAUGAGGUGGAAGUGUUAUUCUUUGAAGCUACUGAAGAAAUGUUUGCUAUAUUAGAUAACUUAAAAAAAAAUAUUGAUGUUGAAGAAAGGGAAUCUGCACCACAUCAGAUUGUUGCGGUUGGCGUUCACUGGAGCAGACAUAUAGAGCAGCUGGUCGGAGGGUUCAUGAACGACCCCUACAUUGUGGUCACAGCCGUGGAAGAGGCCGCUCUCUAUGGCAGCGUCCAGCAGGUAGUACACCUUUGCCUAGAAUGUGAAAAAACCUCUACUUUACUCCAGACUUUGGAUUUCAUUCCAAGUCAAGCACAAAAGACCUUGAUCUUCACCGGCUCUGUAGCUGAAACAGAAAUAGUGUGUAAGGUAGUAGAAAGCAGUUCAAUAUUUUGCUUGAAAAUGCAUAAAGAAAUGGUUUUUAAUUUAAAAAGUGUUUUAGAACAGUGGAAGAAGAAGUUAAGUUCUGGCUCUCACAUUGUAUUAGCCUUAACAGAUGAUUGCAUACCGCUCUUGACCAUCACCGAUGCCACGUGUGUGAUUCACUUCAGCUUUCCUUCCUCACCCAGAAUCUUUGGUGGACGCCUGUACUGCAUGUCUGAUCAUUUUCAGAGUUCCACCGAACAGGGUUCUCCUGCAGAACAGGGAGAUAAGAAGACCAAAUCCAAAUCCGUCUUGCUGCUGACAGAGAGGAACGCGUGCCACGCGGUCGGCGUCCUGCGCUACCUGGAGCGGGCAGAUGCCAAGAUCCCCUCAGAGCUGUAUGAGUUUACUGCAGGGGUUCUGGAAGCCAAAGAAGAUAAAAAAGCCAGAAGGCCUCUUUGUCCGUAUCUUAAGGCUUUUGGUUUUUGCAAAGACAAAAGGAUCUGUCCUGAUAGACACCGUGUUAAUCCAGAAAUAGAUAUGCCAAGGAAAUUAUCCAAUCAAACUCUACCAACAUUUGGAUACAUCAAAAUAAUACCCUUUUAUAUUUCGAAUGCAACGCAUUAUUUUGGUCGUAUAAUUGAUAAACAAGUGGAUCUUUAUGCAACUCUUAAUGCUGAAAUGAAUGAGUAUUUUAAGGGUAACAGCAAUAAAACGACUGUUGAAAAGGUGGAGAAACUCAGAUUAUAUGGAUUAGCAGAAAAAACACUUUAUCACAGGGUUGAGGUGCUGGAGUUGAGCCAAAAAGAAGACACCUGGGGUCCGGACAGCGUCCUUGUGAAGUUUAUAGAUGAAGGCCGGACUGGACUCGUCACAAGGGACCAACUGCUGCAUCUUCCGGAAAAUUUCCACACUCUGCCCCCCCAGGCGGUGGAGUUCAUUGUUUGCAGAGUGAAACCCGCUGACAAUGAAGUUGAGUGGAAUCCAAAGGUUACUAGGUACAUUCAUCAUAAAAUUAUUGGAAAAUUACAUGAUGCCAAAGUGAUGUUGGCUUUAGGAAAUACAGUGUGGAUUGAUCCAAUGGUGCACAUUACCAAACUUUCAAAUUUGAAGACCUCUGUUAUUGAUUAUAAUGUUCGUACUGAAAUUUUGUCGAUGGGAAUGGGCAUUGACAACUCGGAGCAUAUAGAACAGCUGAAGACGUUACACGAACGAGCUAAAAUGCCACCUGAUGAAGAAAGCCUGAGCCAGGCCCUGGCGCCUUCUCCAGCAGAAGAUGCUGCUUGUCCGCAGAGCCCACAGCAGGAGGACAGAGGCUCGGAAAGAGGUUCCCACUCCGGGACAAAACCAGAAAACCAAAAGCAUGAAACUUUACCUGAAAACACAAGUGAUUCUCCCUUUCACAGAACCACAGAGCCCCUGAAAAGCUUCCACCCACAGAUAAAAUGGUUCCAAAAAGAUGAUGUGGUCAUACUGAAGAUAAGAAUAAGGAACGUAAAAGAUUACAAAUGUGAAUAUUUCCAAGAUAGAGUCAUUUUCAGUGGCUGGGCGGGAGAGAAGUUUUACUUGGCUGACAUGGAGCUGCAGGCCAACAUAGCAAAAGACGCCUGCAAAUGCGUGAUCACAAACGAGGAACCUGUGAUCACUCUUGCAAAAGAGACCAGGGGAUCUUGGUGCAGCUUACUCAAACAGAGGAAUCCUAAUGUGGCUUUUGAUUUCGAUCACUGGGAAGAAGGUGAAGAGGACAGCCAGCUCCCCCAGGUUGUGAAAUCUAAAAACCUGCCGGGCAGAGUGGCAGAGGUGGCUGAGAGCGGUGGCCGGACGUCGGAGGGUGACGGCGGUGAGAGUGAAUGAGCACGAGUCAGGUGCGGAC